AUGAAUGAAAAACCUGCCUAUGAGAGGCUUCUUAGUGAGUCCCAGAUCCUUGAGCAGCUUCCGAAUGAGCUUGCGGAACUCAUUCGUACUGCUUCUGGGACUCAGUUCCUGAAUGCGCUCGCGGUUAGCGCAUUGAGGUCGAAAUGCACAGAAAGUCUUUUCAGCAUAUACGAACCAAUAUUUGUUGAUCUGGCAGCGCGAUGGCUCUCGUCAGAUCUCCAUGUCGAUAAUUUCCAAAUAAUUUCUGCCUUUGCACGUAUCUUACCGUUUGCGCCAUAUCUGCGAUCUUUUGCCAGUCAAUAUGCCGCCUCGUGGGCUGGACCUCUUUCGGCUUUGGCUGCAUCGAAAGAACAAAGUACCUUUCAACUGGAAGAUGCUACCCUCCGCACACUACUCCUCGCUAUAUUCCGACUUUUGUCCUAUGACCUUGAUGUCUUCUCGACGACUGUAUCGCCCUCACAACUCCAGUCCCUAUUUCAGCAUCGAGACCAGGCUAUCAGAUACCUAGCAGUACGGUGUUUUGCCUUAUACAUGCGUGCAGCUGAUGCUGCCACAGAGAGAAUGAUUGGGGCCUAUCUUGCAGAUGGUCCGAUUGAAGGACCAUGGGAAGGCGUGGUGAUCGAUUACCGCUGCCUUGGUUUGUGGGAAGAGCGUCGGUGGAAGACCCUCGAGAAGCAGAUUGAGCAAGUCAGAUCGAUUCGACAAAUUUCGGACAGUUUUCUACUUGUCGAACCGUUGCGAGAGUACUUUACUGUGCGAACAGCCGAGGUCUGUGGUGUGUUGGUUCCUCGACUGCAUGAAUCACCAAGUUCACCCUCCUCGAUUGUGAGAACCCCAACCGCCGUGGGCAAUCUACGGAAGAUUGCGAAAGCAUUGCUUGCGCCUGAGCCCAUCCUACUUGUUGGGCUACCAAACUCGGGCAAGACAACUUUGGUCAACGACGUCGCUGCGACAAUGGGACAGCUAGAGUCUAUGGUUACCCUUCAUCUGAACGAACAAACAGACGCGAAGAGCCUCCUCGGAAUGUACUCAACAUCCCCGGCUACAGGUUCCUUUGCUUGGCAGCCCGGUGUCUUGACCAAGGCUGCAAGGGAAGGUCGCUGGAUUUUGAUCGAGGAUCUUGAUCGUGCUCCGUCUGAAGUCAUCGGUCUCAUAUUACCCAUCAUCGAGAAGGGCGAGCUGACCAUAGCUAGUAGAAAGGAACGCAUCAAGUGCGCCGAGGGUUUCAAGAUCAUUGCAACCAUGAAGUCAACCUAUAAUAUUGCGGGCCAAGAGAUUGCGCCAAACACCAAUCUGUUGGGAAGCAGAUUGUGGCAGAGAGUGCAAAUAGACUCGCUUUCCAUAGAAGAAAUUCGAGAGGUGAUCAUCCGCAAAUUCCCUCUUCUUGAAUCUCGCGUUCCCGUUAUCAUGGAUGUCUACCAAAGGGUCUGCUCCUCAUUCCACGGAAGCCUUGCCAUUAAAAGCUCCCAGGGAAGGACUCCGGGUCUUCGCGAUCUGAUCAAGCUUUGCAGUAGAUUGCAUAUGCGACUGCAGCGACUGGGGGUCAAGACUGGCUAUGAAGCAACACCCGAAGCUGUCGAUGAUGAGAUAUUUCUGGACGUUGUGGAUGUCUUCCUUAGAUACAUUCCCGAGAAAACUUUGGCGGACUCGCUCGCAUUGGUUGUCGCCGAAGCGCUCCAGAUAUCGCCACAACGGGCGCAAUUCUGUCUUCAUGAACGGACGCCAGCCUACUCAGACCAUGGAAACAGCGUGACCCUUGGAAGGGAGAUCUGCCGAAAGAAUAAAGUACCCAGUGGAUCAGCUUCAAAGCUUGCAGCUGCUUCCUCGCGCUUUGCAUCGACUCGGGCGGCCUUGAAGCUGAUGGAACAGGUUGCUGCCGCUGUGCAAAUGGCCGAGCCUGUUCUUCUCGUCGGAGAGACCGGCAUUGGGAAAACCACAGUCGUCCAGCAGCUUGCAAAUUUGAUGCGGCAGAAGCUCACGGUAGUGAAUUUGUCGCAGCAGAGCGAAAGUACUGAUCUGCUGGGUGGUUUCAAGCCUGUCAAUAUCCGUACCAUGGCUGUCCCUAUGCUCGAUGAAUUUCACACUCUCUUUGAAUUGACAUUCUCUGCAAAGAAGAACCAGAAAUUCUUGUCUUCUGUUUCGAAAAGCGUUGCUGCGGGGAACUGGGUGCGUUUGGUCAAUUUUUGGCAUGAAGCUGUUCGGCUUGCCGACGGUGUGUUUAAACCAAGCAAGCAGAGUCAGGCCGGUGAGGAGGAGCAGCAGCCGACGAAGAAGAGAAAACUGGAUUCGCCAAAGUACCAGCAGCUACGACUGAGAUGGGAGAGAUUUGCAGCGCAACUGAACGACUUUGAGGCACAAGUAUCGCAAGGUGACGCCAAGUUCGCUUUCGCCUUCGUCCAGGGAAAGAUCGUUCGUGCACUUCGCAAUGGAGAAUGGGUCCUGCUUGAUGAGGUCAAUCUAGCCUCACCAGAUACUCUCGAGAAUAUCGCCAGUCUUCUGCAUCAUGGUAGCGAAGGUUCUCCAUCUGUUCUGCUAUCCGAAGCUGGCGAUGUGGAACGGGUUUUUGGCCAUCCUGACUUUCGCAUAUUCGGUGCCAUGAAUCCCGCAACUGACGCUGGAAAGAAAGAUCUUCCUCCUGGACUCAGAUCUCGUUUCACGGAAGUAUAUGUACAAUCUCCCGAUACCGACCUGGACGAUUUGCUCGCUUUGAUUCAGAAAUACCUGGGUGACCUAACAAUAGGCGACUCAAGGGUCGUGUCGGACCUAGCGCAGCUUUAUAUGGAGACCAAGAAACUCAGCAACGAGAACAAACUCACUGACGGAGCUGGACAACGGCCUCAUUUUAGUAUCCGAACCCUCGUUCGUGCACUCAUAUAUGUCCUCGAAAAUGCUCAUAUAUAUGGUUUGCGCCGGGCGAUCUAUGAGGGCUACUGUAUGAGUUUCUUGACCGUUCUAAGCCAAGAAUCCGAGCGGCUGCUCUUGCCUCUUCUUGAGCGGUAUGUCUUUGGCAAUGCGAAGAAUGCUAGGGCACUACUAGGACAAACGCCCAAACCACCGAAUGAUGGGAAUCCGUAUGUGCAGUUCAAACAUUAUUGGAUGCGCCAGGGCAAUAUGGUCCCAGAGGAACAACCCCAUUACAUCAUCACUCCUUUCAUCGAGAAGAAUCUCAAGAAUCUCGUUCGAGCGAGCUCCACUCGUCGGUUCCCAGUGUUGUUGCAGGGUCCCACCUCAGCGGGUAAAACGAGCAUGAUAGAGUAUCUUGCCAAAGUAUCGGGAAACAAGUUCGUUAGAAUCAACAAUCAUGAACACACCGAUUUGCAGGAGUAUCUUGGUUCCUAUGUCUCUGGUGAUGAUGGAACUUUGCGUUACCAGGAAGGUGUGCUGGUUGAAGCACUGAGGAACGGAUAUUGGAUCGUUCUUGACGAACUUAAUCUUGCACCAUCGGACGUCUUGGAAGCAUUGAACAGACUUCUAGACGACAACCGCGAACUAUUCAUACCCGAGACACAGGAAGUCGUUCACCCGCAUCCGAAUUUCAUGUUAUUCGCGACACAGAACCCGGCCGGCUUGUAUGGUGGCCGGAAAGUACUGUCUCGCGCGUUUCGAAAUCGAUUCCUCGAGUUGCAUUUCGACGAUAUCCCAGAGAGCGAGUUGGAGUUCAUCUUGAAAGAGCGGUCACAGAUUGCGCCAUCAUUCUGCACCAGGAUUGUGUCUGUUUAUCGAAAACUUUCCCUUCUGCGCCAAGCGAACCGGCUAUUUGAACAGAAAAACAGCUUUGCCACUCUACGUGAUUUGUUCCGAUGGGCUCUGCGCCGGGCAGACGACCGUGAACAACUAGCCAUCAAUGGCUUUAUGCUGCUUGCAGAACGCGUCCGCAAUCCACAAGAAAGGGCGGCUGUCAAGGCAGUCAUUGAGGAGGUCAUGAAAGUUCCCAUUGAUGAAGACACAAUCUACAGUGCUGCUGAAUUGGAAAAGCGCGCUCCUAACCUGAAGGAACUGGCGCCUGGCAUUGUUUGGACAAAAGCCAUGCGACGUCUCUUCGUCCUGGUCUCAGUGGCUCUUGAGAACAACGAACCCGUUCUCCUUGUUGGAGAAACCGGGUGCGGUAAGACGCAACUUUGCCAGGCAGUUGCAGACAUUUGUAGGAAGCAAUUGUUCAUCGUCAAUGCUCAUGUGAAUUUGGAAACUGGGGAUCUAAUAGGAGCUCAAAGACCAGUUAGGAACAGAGCGGCGAUCGAGACUCAACUAUUCAAUGACCUUCGAACCGUUGUCAACGCAGGCGAUGCUGAGCCGGAAUCUCUUGACGAGCUGAGGACCAUUUUCAGUGCUAUGACCGCUGAACAAUUAGAAGCAUGCGAUUCUGAAAUAGUUCGACGGAUUCAGAAGAACAUUGCUCGCUUGAACGCCCUGUUCGAAUGGUCUGACGGUAGCCUUAUAACAGCCAUGAAGACUGGACAAUUCUUCCUUCUUGACGAGAUUUCUCUCGCUGAUGAUUCGGUAUUAGAGAGACUCAACAGUGUUCUUGAACCGCACAGGUCGAUACUUCUGGCGGAAAAAGGCCCUAUUGAUUCAAUGGUCGUCGCGCACGAGGGAUUCCAGUUCCUUUCGACCAUGAAUCCUGGAGGAGAUUACGGAAAACGCGAGCUUUCAGCUGCUCUCCGAAAUCGAAUGACUGAGAUCUGGGCCCCUCAGCUCUCGGAGGAUAAUGAUAUCUUGCCCAUUCUUAGAAUGAAACUCCGAACGGAGUCAGAGGAUCUCCCCAAAGCCAUGUUGCGGUUUGCGAAGUGGUUCAAGACAACCUUCCAGAGUUCCUCGAUUACGUCCCUCUCUAUCCGAGAUCUCCUCGCUUGGGUAGAUUUCGUGAACAAGUGUCAAACGACAGAUCUCAAAUUCUCGAUUGUUCAGGGUGCGGCAAUGGUGUUCGUGGACACCCUUGGUGCCAACCCUGCUGCAAUGCUCGCUGCUUCGUUGCACGAUCUUGAGAAGAACCGCCAGCUUUGUCUUGAAAAGCUUCGUGAACUCUUUGGCGUUGAUGCUUCCAGCAUUUACUUCCAAAAGUCGACAAUUGAGCUUGAAGAUCGUGCACUGCGUGUAGGACCUUUUGACCUGCCUAUCAAUGGGGAUGCAGCACCUGAUCCGCAAUUCAUUAUGGAUGCCCCUACCACGAUUGCCAAUUCGGUCAGAAUUGCACGCGGUCUGCAACUGCCAAAGCCUAUUCUCCUUGAGGGUAGCCCUGGUGUUGGCAAAACAACCCUUGUUACUGCGCUUGCUCGAGCCCUUGGGAAGCCACUCACGCGUAUCAACCUUUCCGAACAGACAGACCUCACCGACCUUUUUGGAUCCGAUGUGCCUGUAGAGGGCGGCGAUGUCGGUCAGUUCACCUGGCGUGAUGCACCAUUCCUGCAAGCCAUGCAGCGCGGUGACUGGGUUCUGCUGGACGAGAUGAAUUUGGCGUCCCAGUCCGUUCUUGAAGGGUUGAACUCUUGCCUUGACCACCGUCAGACGGUUUAUGUGGCUGAACUUGACCAGACUUUCAGCAGACACCCGGAUUUUGUCCUCUUCGCUGCACAGAAUCCCCAUCAUCAAGGUGGCGGAAGAAAGGGACUUCCCGCAUCUUUUGUCAAUCGUUUCACCGUGGUAUAUGCCGAUAGUUUCACCCAGACCGACUUGAAAAAAAUCUGCGCCAAAUUAUUCCCUGGUAGUCCCCCUUCGCAAACCGAUGGAUUGGUGGACUUUGUUUCUCUCUUAAAUGUGGCCAUCAACCAGGAACGCAGGCUAGGGGCUGUUGGUGGACCGUGGGAGGUCAACUUGCGCGAUAUUCAAAGGUGGCUCCAGCUUGCAGAUCGAGGCGAUCUUCAAGUGCCAGCAAACAAUUUCCUUGAUGUCGUCAUUUCCCAGAGAUUCAGGAGUGAAGAAGAUAGGCAGUUGGUUUCGCAGCUCUAUCAACGAGUCUUUAAGGAUGCUCCAACUGUUGCCAAAAGCCUUUACCACAAUCUUACCCAAGAGUAUUUCCAAGUCGGGUUUGGAGUGAUGCGUAGGGAUCCUUUUCUUCAGCAAAUACCUGGGACCCAAAUGAAGAUAUUCCCGGGCGACCUGCCGAUCCUGGAGUCUCUCAUGCUUUGCAUAGAGCAGUCAUGGCCGAGUAUCUUGGUGGGUCCAUCAGGCUGUGGCAAGACCACUCUGAUCAGAAAACUUGCUGCAUUGAACGGUGCCGAUUUAGUUGAAUUGGCCCUGAGCGCUGAUACAGACACAAUGGAUUUGAUUGGAGGAUUCGAGCAGAUUGACUACAAGAGGGAGGUUUCAUCUCUUGUACAUGAGCUUUCGCUGUACCUUCGCCGCCAUCUUAUUUCUGCAUCCUCAGCGACCGAGAAGUCAGACGCAUUUCCAGCCUUCCUCGAGCUAUUUGAGCGGUUACAGGGCUCAGAUAUCUCGCUGGACUUUGUGUGUUCAUCCCUCCCUGUCGUGAUGCAGCUUCAUCCUCAAGAGGCCCUUGGAGACUUCCUUCAGAGAGCACAGCACUUAAUGGAACUCUCUAAGCAGUCCAGUAAAAUGAAGGUUGGUUUUGAAUGGACGGAAGGUGUCCUCACGCAAGCUGUCCAGCAGGGGCAUUGGGUUGUUCUUGAUAAUGCCAACCUGUGCAACCCUUCUGUCCUCGAUAGGCUGAACUCCUUGACCGAACCCAAUGGAGCCUUGAUACUCAAUGAGCAACGUACCGAAGAUGGCUCUGCAAAAAUUGUCAGGCCCCAUUCGAACUUCCGCCUGUUCCUGACGAUGGAUCCUCGUCACGGCGAGUUGUCUCGUGCAAUGCGAAAUCGAUGUGUCGAGGUUUGCUUUCUACCUUCGGAGACUCCCAAAUCAGCCCACAGAUCCAUCCCUGCUUACACCUACCAGUCGUCUCUGUACCGCCUGAGGCAUAUCUGGGACUUCAAUCAGCUUCAGGAUAGAGGCGAGCUUCCUCGGCUCCUCUGUGAAUUGGGAAUAGACCAUCUCUCGGUCGAGGAUCUGAGAAUUAUCCAACAAUCCUCAGAAAUGACAUCAGCGGGCUUGUUCGACUUCUCCGCGGGAGAAUCUUUGCCCUCGAUGCUAGACCGAUAUGUUCCUGUUGUCCUCGAAGAUUCCUCCUGGGAGCCUUCUACUUUUUGCAAAGCGCAAGCCGUCAACUUGAGCGGUGCUUCCUUUGCCGUUCAUGGCCAGUUUCAGCCUCUUCAUCCUCUCGUGAAUGAGCCGCUCGCUUUGAUUCUGGGACAACAUGCGACCCUAUCACGGCUCAUGGUUUUGGCUCAUUUGCAAGAGUGCAAGCUCAAUCUCCAUCGCCUAAGACAAAGCUUGUUGCGUGCUGAUGAAUCAGCCAAACUCCUCAAACCGAGCCAGAUGAGUUCUCUGGAGAGAUCCCUGGCAUCAAGGCGGAUAGCUUCACUGAUGAAGGAUGCAACGCAACCUAUCGGCUCUUUCCUCGCCGACUGCGGGCAAGCGGUCUAUGAUUUCAUACAUAGCUUAGACCGCCAAGUGCUUGAUACCCCCGAGGCUGUGCAUGCUCUUCGUGCUGUUGUCAGCUUCUGUGCUGAUCUUCUCAGAAUCUCUGGAGAUGGUCGAGUUGAUGAAGGCGAAUUCCAAGUCUAUCUACAAAUUGGAAAGGAGCUGUUCAUUUUCUUGUUCGAUUCUUGGCCACCGCUGAAGUCCGUAGCAGUGGCAUUGUCUCAGUGUCUUGGUCGUUUCCAGGAGAACUGGGCUUUGAAGACAGGACUCAGUAUGCAAAGGCUAUGGGAAUCCUGGCGGCCAGCCACUCCCGCCACUCAGGAGCAGCUGAGGUCGAAGCUGGACCUCGAGAAAGUGGCAGCCGAGUUUACGGACCUUGCUCUCAAGACCCAUCUGGAUUUAGCCCAGCUGAGCCGGGUACGCAAUUCCCUUGUGGACGCUCAGAGAACCAUCCUGUUGGACGGUGCCGACGAAGGACAGCUAGUUGAGGCACUUAAGCAGACGGUGAUGGAAUUGGCAAAGGUGGUGCAGGCUUCUGAUUCGGCUCAGUCGCCUUACUUCAUGAGCGAAUUUGAAGCCUUGUGCCAAUACCACGAUCUGUCGUCGAUACAGCAUAUCGGAGAUAAAUCUGAUCCGAUAGUCAGUUCGAUUCUACCAUUGUUGGCUGGUCGUCAAGCGCGGCCCCUCGACACAUCAAGUCUUCAAAGUCAGAUUCCCGGUGUUCUCCAUAAACUCUCUCUGUUUGCAGGGUCUAGCCAGCCCUCCAUGUCGGGCUCCGCGAUCAAUGGCAUUUUCUCUCUAUCGCUGUUAGAGAAGCUGACGUUCGUCGGAACCACCAAUCUGGGCCAGAUGGAUAGCUUGGAAGUGGAAAAACGAACUCUUUCCAAAGCCGUAACUCUGACGUCGCGCGAGAUCUCCAUGGACCAGUAUCAACUUCUUAGACAAGUCUUAUCGGCGCUCGUCGCUGAACUUCUCACCAUGCAUAAGGAAUUCAUUGAGCCAAAGUCUCUCGAGAGCGUUCUGACUUCGCUUCGCGAGAUCCAAGAACAAGGAUGGUGCAAUUCAUCGGAUCUGCCAGCGGUCGUAUUAGAUCAGAGCUUGUCUGAAGAUCAUUACUUUGAACCAAUCGUCAAGGAUGCCGUUCCAAGAUUGAUCGCUUCGUUGAUGACAGGCCCGACGCAUACCGAGAGGUACAUCGAGGAAACUGGAUUGGCGUUGGUUCAGCUGGCCAGUCUGCUGCUGCAAUUAUUCGUGCCUGAUAAACCAUUCGAUCCCUCUCUCAGUCUGACUGUGCAGAGACGAAGGCACACACAGCGUGUCAUAGAGCUGACAACAAAAUCCGAAGCUUUAACUGUGUUUGAGCAGAGCUUCUCUGGGCGAUCUUCCACCAUGCGGCAGGACAUUAUACAGCAAGAACUACGAAGCCUGGGCUCCGCCCCGCCUCCGUCUCAAGUUACUCGGCCGCCGGUCUCUGAAAUCAGUAUCUUGCAGGGAGAAUUCUCCAGCUUGCUCUACUCUGUUUUGAACAGGUGCACCGAACUCGAUGUAACGGCAGCGAAAAGAAAUGACUCCGAAGCAGAAAGAAUGCUGACUCUGCUUCGCGAGAAUAUCCGGCAGCUCACGCAGCGUUUGAGCACGAAUUACAGAUCUUACGACGAUAUUACUGUGCUUGUCGUCCGAUUCCUUGAAAUUCUGGAUCUGGGUCUUUCCCUUCAGUCCGACCAAACCCAACAGUCAAGUGACUCUCGGAUCUUGCAGGCAGUCAGCAAGAGGACACCAUUCCUUGGGGGCACUGUCUAUCCUGUUUCAGCGUUGGAAAGCCAAACGUCACCAGCGAACCAAGCUCAUUUUGUUGAAUUGCGCUUCCAUGAACUAUCUUCCCUCAGAAUUGCCGCUAAUACAGAUCCGGAUGUCCUUCAGAGCGAAUCUGGGCGCCAUGCGCUUCACCGGAUACUCGAACAAUUCCAUAUCUUAUGGAAAGCCAAGCUCCGUGAGGAUCAAGAGGAAGAAGCGCGUAAAUCCGAGUUGUACCGUUAUCGAGGCUCAUGGGAAGAUGAGGAAGAGGUCGAUCAGAAUGAGUUGAACCAGCUUUUCCCUACUUACGAAGUUGACUCAGCUGAAGAUGAUGGGAAAGUCACCCGGAUUGAUCCAAAGGCUGUUUCGGUCCGGCUCGCUACACUGCACGCUAAGCUCUUCCAGUCUGAAGAUACUAAGACAGCCUUGUCGGAUUAUGUCAAGCAGUCUACCAAGCUGCUGGGGUCCAUAUGGUCUGCAGGCCAUUCUUCUAAGUCUCAUAUUCGCCCAAGCGAACAUCUUUCUGGAGCUCUUCUACUUCUUGAGGAUACCAUGCACGCCGGAGAUCGCAGUCCAUCUGGCAAAUAUAACUUCUACACCGAUGCAAAUUUCUCUGAAGCGAGAAGACUAGUCUCUCUGACGCUCUCCGUCAAGUCCCGUUUCCUUCAGAUCCAGCAGGCCUGGCCGGAGCAUGCAGUGCUUCAGGACGUUAUUAUCUGCUGCAAAGAGGUGCUCCAAUUCAAGCAUACGGAACCCGUCGCGAAGUUUCUCACAAAGGUUGAGAAACUCCAUGCGCUUGUUCAUGAGUGGCAGCUUGUGGCAAGCAGGGAGUAUUCAGCAGCUUCUCAUUACGACGAGAUCACCAAUCUGAUCAUCAGCUGGCGCCGGCUGGAAMUGUCAACUUGGGCCAAACUGCUCGAUCUAGAAAAAGAGAAGUGUGCUCAAGAUGUGAGCUCAUGGUGGUUCGUUGCUUACGAAGCAAUUAUUGCAGCCCCCAUUCAGCUUGCAGCAUCUGGUCAAGCCGAGUUGAGCGACCAUAUUCAAGGCGUCGUCUCUACGCUGGAACAGUUCUUCAUGUCGACAACUGUCGGGCAAUACAGUGAACGACUCAGACUUGUGGCUAAUUUCCAGUCACUGCUUGCACUCUACGUUCUCGAUUACCCAGCUCUGGAACAACUCGUAUCUGCAUUGGGCAAUUUCCUCCAACACUUCAGACCGUUCGAGCCUGCAGUGCACAAGUCGAUGGAAGACCGCAGGGCCGCCAUUGAGAAGGACAUCAAGCAACAGAUUCAGCUGGCUAGCUGGAAGGAUACAAACAUCAUUGCUCUCAGGGAGAGUGCCCGGCGAUCACACUUCAGACUGUUCAAACUCGUUCGAAAGUAUCGUGAAGUUUUGGCACAGCCUGUGCAGCCGAUUCUACAGCAGGGAAUGACAAACGAACCGGAUGAACCGAACAUUUCCACAGAUGAGGUCGUUUUGGCAUCGACAAGCUUCCCCGAUGCUCUUGCUUUGUGCCAGGAAGAACCUACAAUAUGGCCGAGCAGACCACCCAGAUUCCGAAAUGCGGAUAGCACAGCAGGGAACAUGACCGAUCUGUAUUCUUCAAUGCCUAAUGAGUUUGACGUCUCAGAGGAUCUCGACGGCUUCGUCAAAUUCUUCAUUGAGAGCAUCAAGGAAUUUAAAUCGCAGACUCCCAAAGUGCUGACUGAGGACAACAAGGAUGAUGUCCAGCAUCUCAAGGUCCAGAAGCGUCGUUUCUAUGCAGACACAUUGAAACGGCUCCUGGAAAUGGGUAUCAAACGCAAUGCAAGCACUAACUUGAUUGAGAGCCAAUCCUCCAUUGCUCAGGUUCUCGCUACCACCCCAAGUUUGGAAGUUGGGAGCUCGGCAUCGCAUCUCAUCAAGGGCUCCGAUCUCUACUUCCACCGAUUCUUGGAUCUGCUGCCUCGCGUGCGUCAAGCGUCUCGCGAGUACUCUGAAGAUCUCAGUAAUGUCGAGAUCUCAAGGAGCGUUGGCACUGUGGAGCAUUUGAUGUUCUUGAUAAGGAAGCAGCGCGGGGUCAUUUCUCCGGCACUGUCGCAUUUGGAAAUGAUGAAGUCAACGAUUAUCAAGAUGUCUAAUCUCUGGACUUCUGGACCUGCCUCCCUCUGCAAGUCUCAUUCGGAUCUCUCGAAGGACAGACAAGACCUCAGGAGAGCGGUGGCAUGGCUUACUCCCAUACUUGGCCUCGCUGCGGAAAUCGUGCAACUACAUGCCAAGUUCUCUGAAGUUGAUGCCUCAAAGGUUUCUGAUGGCCUGCACGCUUGGAGAUCCACGUUUAGUCGGUUGAAGUCAUCACUAGACAAUAUUCCAGAGUUACCUUCUGGCCUGACUUCUCGGCAAUAUAAGGAUGUCCUGGAAGAGGUGUCGACUUCUCUUGCGAGCUUGAAGGCUGAUGUCUCGAAAUGGGCCGCUGAACGUCCUGAUUUGGCUUUCGCAUUAACACAGAUUACCCCAUGGGCGGAGGCCAAGGGAGAUACGACUGCUAGGACCGACAGCGAGGAUAGUCUCGCUAUCCAGGAAUUUGACGCAAGACUCCUUGCAGCAAUUGACAAGAUCUUGGUCAGUCUUCAGAAACUUAAAGACGUGCCUGCUUCCCUUGCCUCCACGGGCUCGCUGUCGCGGAGUGAUGAGUUCUUCACGAGGGCAAUGAAGGCUGUCCGCUUGUCUGAUGUUACUUCCUCCCUCGAAUCCGUCCUCGACACCCUGCAACAUUUGCAAGCCAGCACCAGCAACACUUAUGCGCUUGCCUCUGCAUUGGUGGCGAGCUUAUUGCCCAUCACAAACCGGUACUUCUACAUCUGCAGAGACAUCAUUCAGCGGUUUGUGUCGGUGCACAGGGAGACUUGCAAAAUGACGUACAUCCUCGCGAAAUCGUUCACGCAGAUAGCCUCGGAAGGUUUCUGCACCCCGGCGGAGGCAUCUGCAGAAGAGAGCAAGUCUGGAAAGUUGGAAAGUGGAACCGGCCUUGGCGAGGGUGAAGGCGCUGAAGAUAUUAGCAAAGACGUCGGGGAUGACGAGGACUUAUCUGAGCUUGCUCAGCAAGAACAGAAUGAGAAGCCCUCGGAGGACAUGGAGGAUUCUGCGGAGGCAGUGAACAUGGAUCAUGAAGAUAUGCAAGGCGAAGAGAUUGACCGAGAGGCGAAGGACGAAGAAGAUGAGGAUGCCAGUGGCUCGGAAGGAGAAGAUGAUAUCGACGAGGAAGUAGGCAGCGUCAACGACAUCGACGACACGGCAGUGGAUGAGAAGAUGUGGGAUGGCGAUCAUGAUGAGAAGCAGAAAGAGACAGAGAACGAACAAGGCAAGGGAGCAGCCGGAUCCGAUGAGCAGACAGCAGCGCAGGAAGAAGAAAAGACUCAAGAGAAGAGUGACAAGGAUGCAGAACAGGAGGGCGAGGAGGAAGAGAACGAAUCAGAUGAAGAAGCCCCUGAGGAUGAAGGCGAGGCUGUUGGACGAGAGGAUAUGGAAGUGACGGACCCUCAUGCCAAGGAAGAAGAGGCGCUUGACCUACCUGAGGAGAUGCAACUGGACGGCGAGGAAAAGGAGGAUGACGGCGUCGAAAGUGACGACGGAAUGGACGAUAUGUCGGAUUUCGGUCCUGCGCCUGCGGAGGACGAGCAACAGGCUGAAGGAAACGAGGACAAUGCCGAAAAUCCAGAUAUGGAUCAUCCAGCUGACGAGCAGGAGCCUGACCAGGUAGAUGAAGAAGCCAUGGAGGACCAAGAGGCCAACGAGGCUGAGGGAACCGACGAAGCCAAUGCAGCGGAGGAGGAAGAAGCAGAGGAGGCUCAGCAGGAAGAGUUCUUGACUCAACAUGAUGACAAUGAAGCUGCUGGCGAGGAGGUUGCUCCUAGCGAAGCUGUUAACGGUGGCCUUGGCGCAGAUCAAGACCAAGACAAAGAGCAAGGCGCGUCCGGCAAUGCUCAGCAGGACGAAGGCUCGACCGAUCCGGCCGCAAAUGCAGAACAGCCAACUGGCGGUGCCAAGGAAGGAGAGGACAGCCAACGCAAGAGGGAUGCAGGCGGUGCUGAUGAUGUGAGCCCCGAAGAUCCUCAAUUACAGGCGUUCAAGAAGUUGGGAGAUGUUCUUGAUGAAUGGCAUCGGAGGAGAAAAGAGAUUAUGGACGCUUCCAAGCAGGAGGAUGAUGAUGAUGAGUCGCGGAAACCCUUGCCGGAGGAUACAGAUAUGGCCGAUGCUGAUUUCGAGCAUCUUGCGGACCAAGACGAUGUUGCCGAUACGCAGGCACUAGGACAGGCCAGUGAAGAACAAGCAAAGGCUUUGGACCAGAACAAGGGAGUGGAGUCAGACGUCAAACCUGGCGAUAAUGAUAUGUUACCGGAUGCUGGAGAGGAGCCGCAAGAUCUUGCGGAGGAGAAUAGAUUGGAGGACGACAUGCAGAUAGAUGGAGAAGGGGUUCCUACCGAAGGCCAAACCGCGGGCGCAUUGAUCCCCGACAGCUCCCGCACACAGCAGCGAACAACGGACGCUACCGGUCAACUUGAGGUUAACGAGGAGCUUGAUGAGGUGGACGCCCAUCUUGCGGCAAUUCACCUGUCGUCCGCGCUUCCGCCACUGACUCCAAGGGACGAAGCCCAGCGCCUUUGGUCGCACUACGAAAAUGCCACAAACGCCCUCUCUCUAUCUUUGACGGAGCAACUACGUCUAAUCCUGGCCCCCACACUUGCUACAAAGCUGCGGGGCGAUUUCCGGACAGGGAAGCGGCUGAAUAUCAAGCGUAUCAUUCCAUACAUCGCUUCACAGUACAAGCGUGACAAGAUCUGGAUGCGACGGUCCAUUCCCUCCAAGCGCAACUACCAAAUCAUGCUUGCGGUCGAUGACAGCAAGUCCAUGCUGGAGAGCGGCAGCGGGCAGUUAGCGUUCGAGACACUGGCGCUAGUCGCGAAGAGUCUGUCGAUGCUCGAAGUAGGCGACCUGUGUGUGCUCGGCUUCGGUAACGAGGAUCACGUCCGAGUCGCCCACGAGUUCGGCAAGCCUUUCUCCUCGGAAGCUGGAACACAAGUAUUCCAACAUUUCAGCUACCAGCAGACCGGCACGAACGUGCGCAAACUGAUCGCCGAUUCUAUCGCCCUCUUCCGCGAAGCUCGCUGGAAACAAUCGCCCGCAGGCGGCAACGCCGACCUGUGGCAACUGGAGCUCAUCAUAUCCGACGGUAUCUGCGAAGAUCAUGAUACCAUCCGGCGCCUUGUGCGUCAAGCUCAAGAGGAGCGGAUCAUGAUUGUAUUCAUUAUCGUUGACGCCGUCAAGGGCAGCUCAAUCUUGGACCUCAGCCAGGCGAGCUUUGAGCCUGAUACGGAGAGUGGAACUGGGGAGAUGAAGUUGAAGAUGAAGAGAUACCUGGAGGGGUUCCCCUUCCCAUACUACCUAGUUGUGCGUGACGUUCGGGAGUUACCAGCUGUGCUGGCUACGGCGUUGAAACAAUGGUUUGCAGAGGUUGUUGAUGUAUCAUCUUGA